AUGGCCUGCGGCCUCAGGGACUUGCUGGUACGUUCGCUGCAGUUGGAGGGGAGACAGCAGAGUGACAAGCCGCAGAAUGGCCAAAGUUUUCUGGUCUUGGAUGAGCAAAGAUUUGCAAAAGAAAUUCUUCCCAAAUACUUCAAGCACAAUAACAUGGCUAGCUUUGUGAGGCAACUGAAUAUGUAUGGUUUCCGUAAAGUAGUACAUAUUGACUCUGGAAUUGUAAAGCAGGAAAGAGAUGGUCCUGUGGAAUUUCAGCAUCCUUACUUCAAACAAGGCCAGGAUGAUUUGUUGGAGAACAUUAAAAGGAAGGUUUCAUCUUCCAAACCAGAAGAAAAUAAAAUUCGUCAGGAAGAUUUGACAAAAAUUAUAAGUAGUGCUCAAAAGGUUCAGAUAAAACAGGAAACGAUUGAGUCCAGGCUUUCUGAAUUAAAAAGUGAGAAUGAGUCUCUUUGGAAGGAGGUAUCAGAAUUACGAGCAAAGCAUGCACAACAGCAACAAGUUAUUCGAAAGAUUGUCCAGUUUAUUGUUACAUUGGUUCAAAAUAAUCAACUUGUAAGUUUAAAACGAAAACGGCCUCUACUUCUAAACACUAAUGGAGCCCAGAAGAAGAAUCUGUUUCAGCACAUAGUCAAAGAGCCAACUGAUAAUCACCAUCAUAAAGUUCCAAACAGUAGGACUGAGGGUUUAAAGCCAAGGGAGCGGAUUUCAGAUGAUAUUAUUAUUUAUGACGUUACUGAUGAUAAUGCAGAUGAAGAAAAUAUUCCAGUUAUCCCUGAAACUAAUGAGGAUGUUAUAUCUGAUCCCUCCAACUGUAGCCAGUACCCUGACAUUGUCAUUGUCGAAGACGACAACGAAGAUGAGUAUGCACCUGUCGUUCAGAGCGGGGAGCAGAGUGAGCCAGCCAGGGAAUCUCUGGGUUCAGGCAGCGAGGGCACCAGUCCUCUAAUGUCCAGUGCUGUUCAACUAAAUGGUUCGUCUGGUCUGACCUCAGAAGAUCCCGUGACCAUGAUGGAUUCCAUUUUGAAUGAUAACAUCAACCUUUUGGGAAAGGUUGAGCUGUUGGAUUAUCUGGACAGUAUCGAUUGCAGUUUAGAGGACUUCCAAGCCAUGCUGUCAGGAAGACAGUUUAGCAUAGACCCAGAUCUCCUGGUUGAUCUUUUCACUAAUUCUGUGCAGAUGAAUGCCACAGAUUACAUCAAUAAUACAAAAUCUGACAGUAAAGGAUUAGAAACUUCCAAGAACAAUGUAGUUCAGCCGGUUUCUGAAGAGGGGAGAAAAUCAAAAUCCAAACCAGGUAGGUAGAGGUGUCGUAUUAGUUCCUGUGGAUGUUUUUGAAUCCUGUGUAGAAACCGCCCGGCCUCUGUCGAGCAGGGCGGCGCCGCGGCGCCGGCCGAGGCGGCGCCCUCCGCGGAGAAGCCCAUCGAGGUGGACGAGCUUCUGGACAGCGGGCUGGACCCGGAGCCCACCCAGAGCAAGCUGGUGCGCCUGGAGCCGCUGACCGAAGCCGAAGCCAGCGAGGCGACCCUCUUUUAUUUGUGCGAACUGGCGCCCGCGCCCCUGGAUAGCGACAUGCCGCUUUUGGAGAGCUGAGUCCCGCGGGGGCGGACUUCACCUGUACAUAUUCAUCAAAAUGAUGAACUAUUUAUUUUAAGGUGUCAUUCGGGACUUUUUUGUAAAUGGCUCUGUUUCGGUUGAUCAGAUGCCGUGGAAGCAAAGCGCCUCCGGCUUCUCUCACUAACCACACUCUUGCGAGCUCCCGGUGUCCCUCCGCUGCACAGGCACACGAGAUUUCACGUGGGCACAGCUUUACGUUGGAUUCAAACGGCCACUUAUCUCCAGUUGUAGUCAGUCGGAUUUUUUUUAACAAAUAUGACCGUUAACCCCAGUUACACUUUUGUAUGUUUGUUUGCUUUACUCGUAUGAUGCUGUCUGUUUGCAUUGAGUGUAAGUCACUUGAACUAAUGGUAUAACGCCUAAAGCUUUCGGUUACUUUUAUUAAACAUUUUUCACUUGGCUUCUUUUUAAAACUGGGAACAUAAAGUGCCUGUAUCUUGUAAAACUUCAUUUGUUUCUCUUGGUUCAGAGAAGUUCAUUUAUGUUCAAAAAGUAUUCGUGUCCAGCAGGAGAGGCGAAGUGUGCGAGUUCUCACUGUCUCACGUGGUUUCGCUCCACAUACCUAGAAGUGGGGGUGGGGUGGCAUCAGCCCCAUCCACUUGGUGGGACUCGUUUUAAGUAUAAAGGUUUUCUGGGUUGUGUUUUUUGAAACAUGCUAUUUAGUAAAAUAAAUGUAAUGAAUGUUGAGUA